UACGAGACUCCUUACUACGUCCAAAAUGGUGAUGGGUUAUUUUAAGCGCUCUGCACUUAGCGCCUUUUUUGUCCUAUUUAUUUUCGUACAAGCUGUCUUUGCUGCAGAAGAAUGUAAUGCAGAAAGUGGUGAAUGUGGCUCAACAGACGACCUUGAAGCUGGAAAGAAGAAAUACUUACCACAAGAUGCCAGAUGGAAACCCUACUUAGAUGCAGUAGAUUCUGCUUUGAGCCAGUAUGAAGAAUGUGAACCCGACACCUGCACCUGUCAUGACAGUGUUUUAAACAGGGAUUUAGCCGUUUGGAGAGAAAAAGGAGGCAUAAGUGAAGAUGUUUUUAAAGCAGCGCUAACCAAAGGAAUAGGUAAUCACUACCAGAUCAUCAAGCACAAACUGUAUCGCAGCAAGAAAUGCAUGUUUUCUGCAAGAUGUGCAGGUAUUGAGCAUUUUAUUCUGCAAAUCAUUAAAAAGUUACCAGAUAUGGAGUUUAUUCUGAAUGAGCGAGAUUGGCCUCAGAGCCAGAAGUUUACGACUCCUCAGCCAGUUUUAUCAUUUAGUAAAGUUGAUUCUCAGCAUUAUGACAUCAUGUAUCCUGCCUGGACCUUCUGGGAGGGAGGCCCAGCUGUAUGGCCGUUGUUUCCUACUGGCCUUGGGCGAUGGGACCUAUUCAGAGAGUCACUUGAUAAGGAAGCAAAAGACAUCCCAUGGGAGCAGAAGGAAACAAAGGCUUUCUUUAGAGGUUCCAGGACGACUGCAGAAAGGGAUCCAUUGGUUAUACUCUCUAGAGAUGAUGGGGAUCUUGUAGAUGCACAGUACACCAAGAAUCAAGCAUGGAAAUCAGAUGCAGACACUCUAUAUAUGCCACCAGCCAAAGAGGUUAGCCUUGAAGAUCACUGCAAGUACAAGUACUUAUUUAAUUUCCGUGGUGUGGCAGCCAGUUUCCGCUUGAAGCAUCUGUUUCUGUGCGAGUCUUUAGUAUUCCAUGUUGGUGAUGAGUGGUUGGAAUUCUUCUACCCAGCUCUCAAACCAUGGGUGCAUUAUAUACCCGUGUCUAAGGAUCUCAAAGAAACCAGGAAUUUGAUAGAAUUUGCAAAAGCCAAUGAUCAAGUUGCAAGGGAUAUAGCUAAACGAGGGAGAGACUUCAUCUGGAAUAAUCUACGUAUGGAGGAUAUCUCUUGCUAUUGGAGGAAGCUUCUUAAAGAAUACUCAAAACUUAUCAAAUAUAAAGUGGUUCGUAACAAAGAGCUGCAACAAAUACUACCACAGGAGUAAUGUACACACGAGAAGGCACUGGACACUAUUGGUAAUUACUCCAAAUGAUUGUUAGCACAAAACCUUACUUGGUAACGAGUAAUGGA